CGUCGCAGAUGCUGUCUAGCUAGGCAGCUCAGUAGGUGUUGAGACAGCUCCUCAGAGGGAGGGUUUCUGUUAUCUCGUCUGGCCGCUGGAGAGCCGCCGGGGUGUUCUGGAGCAGCGGAGAUCCGCCAUGACUUGCGCCGCGGACGGUCUCCGCGCACGGACUGGAGCUUUCACCUCGAGCCGCGCAAACAUGUCCUGAGAGCGACGAGCCCCCGGCACAGAAGAUGACCGAUUACCGGGAGGAUGGCAUGGAUCUGUGCAGCGAUUCCUCCAGUCGCUCCAGCUCCGAGUCCAACUCCAACAAGGUGACGCCCUGUUCUGAGUACAAGUCCUCUCCCAGUCUGGAGGACUACGAGGAGGACGAGGACUACCAGCAGUACAAGAGGAGAGCGCUGCUGGACUGGGAGAGGGUGUACGCAGACAACCAGCAGCAGGACUCCGGCUCGGGGCGCGAGCUGCAGAGCGGCAGAGCCUCCUCCGGACCCCAGCAGCCCGGCGAGAGAGAGACGUCCAGCACACCUGGCCUCGGGAGCGGCGAGAACAGAGGAGAAUGUGUGGAGGAAAGCCAGCUUCCAGCCAUGGACUGGGCGGCUCUGGAGAGACACUUGGCGGGCCUGCAGUUCAGAGAACAGCAGAACCACAACCACGGCCUGAUCCGGACCAACUCCACCAACGUGAGUCCACUCCAGUCUCUGCAUGCUUAGAUCAGGAUCCAUCAGCUCUGCUCUGCUUCAGUCUGCUUCAAUGUGAAGUGUGGCAUUUUUUUAUGGAUGCUCGA